AUGGGGACAAAUAGCUUUGACGAUAAGUACUUUAUGGCGAGGAAUUCCGCAUAUAAUCCGUACUGGCUAACUCGAAGAGAAAUCGGGUUCAAUAGGCCUGUGGGAUCUGGUAAUGCGCUGGCUCGUAGCCUCUAUUGUGGUAUGAAACCAAUAGCUUCUUGGGAUUGUGAACAAGCUAACUCUCUUCCCACCGGUGGCGUUUUCAACCUUGAAUUUUCCCCGGAAGGAUCUCUUCUAGUGGCAGCUUGUGAAAAGAAAUCAAUACAAAUCUUUGAUCCACUGACACACCAACGGAUAUACUCUGUUAUUGGAGCCCACUCGGACUGUGUAAAUUGUGUUAAAUUUCUUGAUGGAAGAAUGUUUGCGACUUGCUCUGACGAUACCACAAUUGCUUUAUGGGAUGUGAGAAAUUUAAAAAAGAAGAUAAGAUCCCUAUUGGGGCAUUCAAAUUGGGUUAAGAAUAUAGAAUUUUCUGUGAAAGAUAAACUACUAGUCACAUCGGGUUUGGACGGGAGUAUAUAUACGUGGGACAUAAACUCGUAUACUGAAUUCAAUCUGGUUUACCAAAGAGUAUUCCAUGCCUCUGGUUUAAUGAGGUGUCGCCUGUCACCGGAUGCGAGGCAAAUGGUGAUGUGUACUACUGGAGGACUCUUAGUUAUAAUACAUGAUUUAAAUUUGACAACUUUAGCCCAAGACCUACAUGGCUUUAAGCCUAACCUAUACAGACUGAUGCAAAUGAGCCAACAAGUGAUACCGAUAGCGGCUAUGUAUGAUCACUUGUUUGAUCUUGAACGCAAGGAGAAUAGAGUCGAAUUUGUGUCCGAUUUUCCUGAUGGCAAUGAUGCAGAGGUUGUCAGUGCUUUACAGAUUCACCCUCAAGGUUGGUGUGCAUUAAGCCGUAAUAUCAGUCAUGAUGAUAGGUCAGAGUGGUCCUGCAUACACGACAUUCAGCCCGGUGAGAGUAUAACGAAUAAGAGUUGUAGAGACACGUCCCCGUCACCACCGGCGCCGCCCCGUAGGCCUGCGCCCCGGAGGCCUAAGAGGGUCCGCACUCGGCCCUACAGACACCUACGACCCAUGACGAGCAUCACCACCCAGGGCGAUACACCCGCUUCGUCUUCCAGGCCUCGUGAGUCCUCGGACUCGGAGGCCGGGCCCAGCCGGGAGGCGGCGCCCGCGAGACUCCCUCCACCGAAUCUAUCGAGUAUACAAAAUGACGUGUGGGAGGCGUCUAUAACGAUCAAACAGCACCGAAUACUGCAAGAAAUGUAUAGCAGGGGCCAGGUUGGGCGUAACUUCAACAUGCAGCGCAUCAUGGGCAUCAAUACUGGCAUCACUCCUCCGGGCGCGGUCCGCAGGCCAGCUCGUCCCGCGAGACUCCUGCCGCGGCUGCACGCAUCACCUGUCCCUCUCGCACCCACACCCGACAGUGUCCUCCCCUCCACAUCCGGUCAGACGCCACUCCGGGACUUGUAUGAUGACGAAUUCAAACACUUCAUAAGACAAAACAGAGACAGAUUACUAUACUACAUAGAGGAGACGAACGAAGGCAAAGGAUUUAUAAAGGAACUAUGUUUUUCUGCUGACGGUCGCCUGGUGUGUUCGCCUUUCGGUCGAGGCAUGCGUCUGUUAGCACUCAACGAGCAGUGCGCGGAGUUGUCCCACUGCGUUCAGGAUUUCAAGGGUCCAUCUCGUAUGGUGGAUGUGGGACAAAGCCUCGGCUUCCAUCACGACCUCGUGGUCAGCUCCAAGUUCAGUCCCCGACACCACUCCCUCGUCACCGGCUGCCUCGAAGGAAAGAUCGUCUGGUAUGAACCCUACAGCGGCGAAUCCUGCUACUAG